AAUUUGUAAUGGUGAAUGUUGAAUGCAGAAAAGAAAGGACGUCUCUAGUUCUCUUAAUACCCGGCGGUACAUCCAUGCUCGGUAUCCGUUAUACUGCGCACUUGUCGGUUAAAGUCAAAGUUUGAUUACAGCAGCUUACUCAUUGAUUUUCCGUCUUUGUCUUUUUCUCUGACUUACUUCAUUUUAUAUUAGAAACAGUGUGCUGCUACUACAGGAGGAAGUCGUCGAAACGUUGCUAUAUGUGUUGCAGUUUGACUGGUCUGGGGAAUAAUGAAGAUGGGAACAGCAUUGAUUUAUGAUGAGGAGAUGACCAAAUACAAAUUGCUCUGGGUUGACCCUGUAUGUAAGAUUGAGGUACCCGAGCGUCUGACAGUGAGUCAUGAAGCUUUGAUAAAGACCGGUCUUGCUGAUCGUUGCAUCUCCGUACCAGUCCGCGAGGCGACGGACGCAGACAUCCUGCUGGUUCACAGUGAGGAGUACUUGGAGGCGGUGAAGAAGACCCCGUAUAUGACUCUGGAGGACCUGCAAGAGUUCACCCUGCAGUAUGGUGACGUCUACUUCCACCCAAACAUCUAUCACUGUGCCAAGCUGGCUGCAGGCGCCGCACUGCAACUUGUGGACAGUGUUAUGACGGGGAAGGUGAGGAACGGCAUGGCUCUGGUCAGACCACCAGGACACCACAGUAUGCGCAGUGCUGCCAGUGGAUUCUGUGUGUUCAACAAUGUGGCCAUAGCAGCUCAAUAUGCCAAGCAACAAUAUGGGGUUAAAAGGGUGUUGAUAGUUGACUGGGAUGUACAUCAUGGUCAAGGGGUGCAGUACUGUUUUGAAGAUGAUCCAAGUGUGCUCUACUUCUCAUGGCACCGCUACGAGCAUCAGAAAUUCUGGCCUCAACUUAAAGAAUCAGACUACAACAGUGUUGGCAAAGAGAAAGGGGCAGGAUUCAAUAUAAAUGUCCCAUGGAACAAAGUGGGAAUGAAGAACAGUGACUAUCUUUCAGUCUUCUGUCACAUCCUUCUGCCAGUCGCAUACGAGUUUAGCCCAGACUUGGUCCUGGUGUGUGCAGGCUUUGACUCAGCCAUCGGUGACCCAGAGGGUGAAAUGUGUGCCAGCCCGGACAUCUUUGCCCACCUCACUCACCUCCUGAUGAACCUCGCAGGAGGGAAACUGUGUGCUGUGCUGGAGGGAGGAUACAACUUGACUUCCCUCCCCCAGUCUGUGUGUCAAACAGUUCAAACUUUGCUUGGAGAUCCUGCGCCUCGACCUGCAAAUCUCGAUGGUCCCUGUGAAAGUGCACUUGAGUCCCUUCACUGUGUCCGAUCAGCUCAUAGGCAGUACUGGUCCUGCCUCAAACAUGCAGCUGAGCUGCCCACCUCUGAUGUCACCACAAAGCGCAUUAAAUUAGCAGAAGAAGAAGAAGAUAAGCUGAAGAAGGUAGAAGAGGAGAAAAAUGCAGAGGAAGAGGUGUGGCCAGAGCCUCCGAAACGUGUCGCUCCUGCUGUCCGCACUGCUUUAGUCCUCCCUAAUGAUGUGGCUUGCCCGGACGGAUGUAAACGCUUCAGCUCAUCAGAGGACCCGGUUAUAGUCAACAAACUGAGGAAGAAUUUCCUCAAAGAUGCAGAUGACAGCGAUGCUCUCACAUCCCUCUCCAGUCUAAUUGCCCUUGUAGAGAAAAUGGAGAGGAAUGAGAUCUGCAAUGGCUUGGCGCUGGUCCCUGACGUCUCCAUGGCGAUGAUGUGUGUUGUCCAGCAUGCUGCAACUGCUCUCCGCAACAGGGUUUUGGUCGUGUGUGUUGGAGACGCGGGAGUCUCGAGUCACGGCACAGAGGAUGGGAAAACGCUUGUGGUGCAGUUCAGCAACAGGGAGCCAGAGGAACAGAAAUGCAAAUAUCACAUUUCUGUGUGUCUGAAGAAGGGCUGCAGUGACGUGUCAGGGUUUGCACAGGCUGUGUUGGGCCUCCUUCUGCCUCUGGGAUAUGAGUAUGACCCCAGUCUGGUUCUGUUGGCUCGGACGCCAGAUAGCGGGCUGUGCGACAGUGUGUGGCAACAACUAACAGGCCUGCUGCAGGGUAUCGCACAAGGACACACACUGGUACUCAUGCAGGAAGCUGAGACGUCAUGUGUCGGCCCCACGGCCUCCUCUCUCUUCGGGGACGCUGCCCCCUCUCUAGGGAAGCUUCAUGCUCCUCUACCAGAGGACGUGGAGGCGCUGGAGAGACUGAGACACAGACUGCAGGUGGACUGGAAGCUACUGCAGACUACAGCACCAGAGACCGGAGGAGGUGAUGAGCACUGAAGCCAGUCCUGCUUCUUUUUUUGUCAAGAAAUCAGUUGAAACACGUCAAUCAAAUGUCUUAAUAAAAUGUUGUAUUUUUUGGUCAUGUUUUAUUGUCCAAAUGGUGCUUUUAAUCAUUCACACUGUGCCCUAAAAUAAAUUGUAUUUUUAAAACAGCA